AUGGAACUUUCCCAGGCUCUGCGUGAUCGCAUUCGCACGCAGCGGAGCGAAGACCGUCGGCGACUACUUGAAGCUGCCAUAAGUCCUCGACAAAGUAUAGUAGUUGACACGCUGGACGCCGCAGCUACAGAUCCUGUCUGUACACGACCGAAUACUACAGUAAGCCCUCGCAUCUCCAGGAAGAUCACAUACACCACGCGGUCACCGGCGCUGAACCACCUUUUACCAACAACCGAGGAGCGCGUGAAGCUUACUCUAAAGGGAUACGAACAAGAACUUCAAGAGCAUCGACAGUCUUUGCGUACGAGUAGCAGUAUUUCUUCUCGCGAAUUUUGGCGGAAGUGAUUGAAAAGCGAGAAAUC